CACGCGUCGGCAUGCCUCCUAUCCUCCAUGUCCCUCUCUAAGCAUGCGAAAUCCUACUUAAUCAACCAGUCAAAAUAUGCACACCUCAAUGCCUUCGUAUCGCGCGUCGAACCCUCCGUCCUGCUUGCGCGCACCGGUUCCUCGAGGCUUACCAGCGAGGGGGAGGACGGACGCCUUGUCCUCAAUGACAAGCCAAUUGCGAUAAAAGACAACAUCUGCACGAAGGAUUUCAAGACGACAGCUUCUUCGGGGAUACUGAGAGACUUUACGAGCCCGUACGAUGCGACGGUUGUGAAGCUCUUGCAAGAUGCGGGCGCGGUGGUUGCGGGCAAGACAAACAUGGAUGAGUUUGGCAUGGGAUCACACUCGACACACUCGUACCAUGGACCAGUGAAGAUGCAGAGAUAUGAGGAUGAAGAAGCAAGCGCGGGAGGGAGUUCAGGAGGCAGUGCGCUUGCAGUUGCGAGUGCACAGUGUUGGGCGGCGUUGGGAACAGACACGGGGGGUUCUGUUAGACUUCCCGCUGCGUAUACAGGCGUUGUUGGCUUCAAACCGAGCUACGGACUGCUGUCUAGGUGGGGCGUCAUUGCCUAUGCGAAUUCACUGGAUACUGUCGGUAUCCUGGGGACCAGCGCAACAAGUGUAGAGGCCAUCUUUGAUCAGCUCAAUCUCUACGAUCCUCAGGAUCCCACCUCACUCCCUCCUUCGACACGCUCACGUCUAGGGAGUAAAGCGAGAGCUUCAGACUCAGUCAGGAUUGGGAUUCCUCUAGACUACAACAUUACCACACUACACCCCAUUGUUCGAAACGCGUGGGUACGCACGCUCAAGGCAUUACAUGAGCGUGGGCAUACGUUACAUCCCGUUAGGCUACCAGCAACACAACGCGCCCUCUCAGCGUACUACGUGCUCGCACCAGCAGAAGCAUCCAGUAAUCUCGCAAAGUACGACGGUGUCCGCUAUGGCAGCAGAGCCGAAGGCAUCGACGGAACACCCGAUAGCGUCCUUUUCGCCAAAACUCGAGGUCAAGGCUUUGGACCAGAAGUUCAGCGUCGCAUCUUGCUCGGUGCUUUCUCACUGAGCGCGCAAGCUAUCGACAAUUACUUUAUCCAAGCACAGAAAGUCCGCCGACUAGUGCAACAAGAUUUCAACAAAGUCUUCGCUACACAAAAUCCGCUCUUAGAUGAGACUACCCACGCGGAAGAAACGGAAGAGAAAGUCGACGUGCUAUUGUGUCCAACGGCUCCUUCGCUUGCGCCGUCGCUGUCGGAUGUCAAGGCUCAAGACCCUAUUCAGGCGUACAUGAAUGACGUCUUCACUGUUCCAGCUAGCCUCGCAGGACUGCCGGCCAUCAGUGUUCCCGUACCUAUCGCAGGGAAGGACCGAACCAAGGAAAACGAAGAGUUCAGCGUUGGAAUUCAGAUCAUCGGCCAGUAUGGAGACGACAAGCUAGUCUUGGAUUUUGCAAAGGAGCUCGAAGUGGCUGCUCCAUGUCCUCACGCUGGUAUCAAAAUAGACACGGCCGAAGAGGUGUCUCGAAGAUCAUGACAGGGGUGGUGGAGAUGGAUAUUCGAGAUCGGAGUCACUGAGGCGCAUGGGUCAAAGAAGUAAUGACAUGACAUGACAUGAGUGGCUUGUGGAUGUGUAAAUGCAUGUAACACGGCUGUAUAAAUUUCAUCGCAUAUUGGAGUGUAAUGGUGAGAAUUCUCAAAAGAAUGUCCUUUCAUUCAUGAUAUACCCCUAGGAAACUCGGCCCUAUAAUACGUGUACACGUCCCUUGAAGUCCACUAAACAUUGCCGUUCUAGUCGAGUCCGCGCGGUGGAACAUGGCCAGGUAGCCCUUGUCAAAGUUCAGGGUAUCCGAUGCUUAAUGGGAGCAGCUUCCGCAACCGCAGCUGGAGCAGUCAC